AUGAGUAAUCCAUUCAUUCUUUGCUUAUGUUAUUGGUAUUAUUACCUAUUCAAACAACAAAAGGUUUCAUAGUUGAAAUUUAAUUUUCAGGACUAAUUGCACCGGUGUUAAUAACCACUCGAGUUUCUAAUUACAGUUAUAGCAGAGGGUUUAUUGGGAUUAAUCCCCCACCCAAAUCGUGUUACUGACUAAUUUACCGUAUUGCAUCUGGGGCUUUAACUGUCAGGCAGGUGCAGGCUCUGGGAUCUUAGAAAGAAAAAAAAAAAGCCUAGUGCUUUGACAGGGAUCAAAAAUGAUCAAACCAAUGAUAUUGGCUCCUGAGCUGAGGAGAGAGUAUCUGGGGGUUCAGUCCCUGACCUCAUAGAUGCUUCAUUAAGGCUGGAUAGUUUGGGCACCAUGGACACUAACAGCACACCUCUGAGCUCCAGCUCUCCAUUCCCUUCCAUCCAAACUGAGGUGGUGACCGUACCACCAACCAUCUUCCCUCAUGUGGGCUACAGCAUCCUUUCUUUCCUCAUGUUCAUCAACACGGUGCUAUCAGUGUUUAACAACAGUGUGGUCAUAGCCGUGAUGCUGAGGAAUUCGGCUCUCCUACAGCCAAUGAACGUUUUGAUCCUCAGCCUCGCUGUGUCUGACCUCAUGAUAGGCCUUUGUGGCUCCCUGGUGGUCACCAUCACAAACUACCAAGGCUCCUAUUUUAUUGGACACACAGCCUGUGUGCUCCAGGGAUUUUCAGUCAAUUACUUUGGUUUGGUGUCUCUCUGCACUCUUACUCUUCUUGCCUAUGAGCGAUACAAUGUGGUAUGCAAGCCAAAAGCUGGUUUAAAGAUGAAGAUGCGGAGAAGCAUCUUUGGCUUGCUGUUUGUCUGGAUCUUCUGCUUGUUUUGGGCUGUGGCGCCAUUAUUUGGCUGGAGCUCCUACGGACCUGAGGGGGUCCAGACAUCCUGCUCACUGGCCUGGGAAGAGAGAUCAUGGAGCAACUACAGCUAUCUCAUUUUCUACACACUCCUCUGCUUCAUUAUUCCAGUUGCAAUCAUCAUCUACUGCUACUUUAAACUGCUGAAAUCUAUGAAUAAGCUGAACAGGAGUGUGGAGCUACAAGGUGGGCGUUCCAGCCAGAAAGAGAAUGAUCAUGCCAUCAGUAUGGUGUUGGCUAUGGUAGUAGCAUUUUUUGCCUGCUGGCUGCCCUACACAGCAUUGUCAUUGGUGGUAGUUAUAGAUCCAGAGCUGCACAUUCCUCCUCUAGUUGCCACCAUGCCAAUGUACUUUGCCAAGACGAGUCCAAUCUACAACCCCAUCAUCUACUUCUUUUCCAACAAACAGUUCCGUGAUUGUGCUCUGGAGGUGCUGUCUUGUGGCCGUUACAUUCCUCAUGGGUCCACCAGUGUCAGCAUCCGCAUGCACUCUGUGAACAAGGGGAGCUGGCUGUCCUCCUUUGGCAGAAGCGUCAACACACACAGCAAGGUGUUGCCUCUGUGA